AUGUUCGCCUGUCCUCAGUACUGCCAACGGAAUCGCUGUCGAACUUGUGGACGUCCAACCACCGACUUACAUCGCGGUCACCGAGGAACCGCUGACCGAACCGUUCUGGUCUGUAUCCAAAAUGAGGAGAAUGGAAAAUCUGGCCAAGACGAUGGAACUAGCGCGGAAAUGCUGGAAUCUCUUCCUCUUUCUGAACUUCGUGAGAUGAAGAAGAUCUUCCGUACAAUACCGAUUAACGAGAGGGGUGAGGGAUAA